UAGUUUUUUAUAUUUGUGUAAUUUUUAAACUCAAUAACAAAAUAGUAAAAAAACAAAAAACCUCCUGCUUUUUGUUUUGCAAGUUAUUCAAAGUGCAAGGUACAGCUGCCGAAAGUCAGCAAUGUAACUGAUAUAUAAAUGCACACAACUUCUGUCACAGGGUGCAAGAUGGGGACCUCCAGUAUAAAGAUGCAGAGCUUCUCCAACCAGCACUUGUAAUAGGUUAAAAUAAGAGACUAUCUUUGAAAAGAGCUGCAGCAGGCAUAGGAGGAAAAACAAUAACAUGGAACGUUUAAAGCUGGUGACCGUUUUGGGGGCUGGGCUUCUCUGUGGUACUGCGCUGGCUGUCAUCGUACCAGAAGGAGUUCAUGCUCUGUAUGAGGAGGCUUUGGAAGCAAAACACCAUGAACUAGAUAGCCAGAAAGGAAAGGAAACAGAAACUGGUUCAGAUCUUGUGGUUUCCCAUGAACAUGAUCACAGUCGGUUACAUGCCUACAUUGGUGUCUCAUUAGUGCUCGGCUUUGUGUUUAUGCUUCUGGUGGAUCAGAUUGGCAGUUCCCAUAGUAAUGCUACAGAAGAUCCAGAGGCAGCAAGGGUUGCUAGUUCUAAGAUCACUACCACCCUAGGUCUUGUGGUUCAUGCUGCAGCUGAUGGUGUUGCGCUUGGAGCAGCAGCUUCUACUUCCCAAACUAGUGUUCAGCUGAUCGUUUUUGUCGCUAUCAUGCUGCACAAGGCUCCGGCAGCAUUCGGCUUAGUGUCUUUUCUGAUGCAUGCGGGACUAGAGAGAAAUCGUAUUCGAAAGCACCUGCUAAUCUUUUCCUUGGCAGCUCCUGUUCUUUCAAUGUUGACAUAUGUGGGACUGAGCAAGAGCAGUAAAGAAGCCCUCUCUGAGGUCAACGCCACUGGAGUUGCUAUGCUUUUCUCUGCUGGGACAUUCCUUUAUGUGGCUACUGUGCACGUGCUCCCAGAGGUCGGAGGAAUGGGACACAGUCACAAGGCAGAUGCAGCUGCUGGGAAGGGACUAAGUCGCAUGGAAGUGUUUGCCCUGGUUUUAGGAUGUCUCAUCCCUCUUGUCAUAUCUAUAGGACAUCAACACUGAACGGUGGAAACAAAACGAAGUGCCAGCAUGGUCCAGAGCUCUUCAUUUCAUGGCAGAUUCCUGGGCUAGAUCUUUGCGUACAUUCACAUUAUCUAUUCUGUAGUCAGAAAAGACUUUUAACAGAAUCGGGAAAUCCUGCUGGGUUGGUUUUAAUGGUCUAUUAAUUUGGAACCAAACUUUUGAUUUGUAUAUAAAUCUACAUUUUUAAUUGUUUCUCCUGUUUUUUUGUUGUUGCUAUUUUAGCGAUGUUUAGGUUGCUUUGCCCUCAAGAAGCCAAAAUGAAGGUGAUUUUCUCUGACCAAGGAUUAUAUUCUAGUGUUAUCUGAAGCUCUAUUUGUGUGUUGUCUGACUGUAGACUGAGAUUACAUACAGUAGGGAAAUGUAAUUACCUCAGUCUGCUUUUACGAAUGCCAAGCCUUUCUUAAACAGCAGCAGUGUGAGUGUCCUCACAAUAAGCUCACCUACAAUAAACUGGCCCUUGGAUUAGUCAUGAGGGUUACAAAUGUUUCUAGUCCAUGAAUGACUGCAUGAGACACUAAUAAUGCAGCUUAUAUUUAAUGUUAAGUCAAUAUUUAAUUGUUUGGGGUCUUAGUGACAGUGUUCUUUACCUAACAUCCCAAGAGCAGGAAAUUACUGAACCAUAACAGUGUGAUAAUCAUCAGUAGAAAUGAGACCUCACUAGCCAUGCUUAUUUAUUGGAGAGCAGAACAAUAUUUUAUGUCCUCUGUCGUGAUUUCUCCUAUCUGAUGCAUUGAGCACUCGAGAAACAAAUGCUGCCACAAAACCUGUACUCCAGUGUUUCUUUUGAAGUGUUUAAAAUGCUGUCUUGUGACUAAAGUAUGUUUGCAUAGAGAAGGAUUUUCUGAUACCGUAUUUUACUGGUGGAAUGUGUGAUCUUCAUUAGGGCUGAGCACUUUAAACUUUUUUCAUAUUGUUUAAUCUCGACAUCUUCAUCUGCUUAUUCAUUUGUGAAACGAAUACUGAAUAUGACCAUGAACAGUGGCAUUAGGCUAUAUUCUGCACCAGAUGUGAAUAAAUGUGCAGCACACAGAUCUGGAUUUGCAAACAAAUAGAUCUGGUGCUGAAAAUGGCUGAACGCCUUUGCUAAAGGCCAUAUUUGGCACUUGUCAAAAUUAAACUUGCAUGAUUCAGAUAGAAGUAAAUUUAAAAGUUUCCUCAAAUUAAAUGCUCUAUUUUCAAAUGUGUUGUUGAAAUGGAAUACGCACAUAUCCUACACUUGUGGGAGCUAGCUGCUGAUUGGUGCCUGCACACAUUUGUCUCUUGUGAUUGGCUAACUAUAUGUGUUGAGCUAGCUGCUAGUAGUGCAAUGCUGUUCCUUCAGCUAAGGAUAACGAGAAUGAAGUACAUUUGAUAAUAGAAAUAAAUUGGAAAGUUGUUUAAAAUGGUAUGUACUAUCCGAAUCAUGAAAGGAAAUGUUGGGGUUUCUUGUCCCUUUAAAGGAACACUGAACCCAAUUUUUUUCUUUCUUGGUUCAGACAGAACAUGCAAUUUUAAGCAACUUUCUAAUUUACUCCUAUUAUCAAUUUUUCUUCGUUCUCUUGCUAUCUUUAUUUGAAAAAGAAGGCAUCUAAGCUUUUUUUGGUUCAGAACUCUGGACAGCUUUUUUUUUUUUUUAUAGGUGGAUGAAUUUAUCCACCAAUCAGUAAGGACAACCCAGGUUGUGUACCAAAAAUGGGCUGGCAUCUAAACUUACAUUCUUGCAUUUCAAAUAAAGAUACAAAGAGAAUGAAGAAAAUUUGAUAAUAGGAGUAAAUUAGAAAGUUGCUUAAAAUGUCAUGCUCUAUCUGAAUCAUAAAAGAAAAAAAUUGGGUUCAGUGUCCCUUUAACUAUUCAAGAUUUGUGUUUUCAAUAAAACAUCUAGCUCACAGAAAGCAUAGACUUGGCAGAUCACCUCUGGUUGCAUAUACUGGUUUCCAGUGUUUCUCUUUUGAUGCAUUUAAACAUUUUUCAUCUAAUUUACAACUUCUCUGUCAAGCCUUUAUUGCUUAUACUACAUGUACAAUUAUAUUACUGUGGGGCCCCUAUCCCUUUUUUUUUUAUUUUUUAUUAUUAGGACCUAUGAUGCUGACCAUAUUGUCUGUAUGAAAUGGUAGAGCAGUUAAUUGUAAUUGCUUCUUUAAUGUAAAUUAUGUGUAUUGGUUUAAUGAUGUUGUACCUUGAUCCUCUGCUUAUAUAGUCGUUACCAAGCUUCAAUAGUUAUUGUAAUUGAUUUCAGCUUUUUAACAAACAGGCUUCAGUUAGAGGUGCAACAAUUAUUUGGUUCUGGUUAUGUACAGUGUUUUAAAUACAUUUUUUCACUUGAGAAGAGAUCCUCUAAGCUUGAUGAUGCCCAGGGGUUCACAGCUCUGGGCUUUUAUGUUCUGGUACUGUGCAAUAUUGACUCACUGACUUCAUACAUUUUUCCUCAAGGCAAAAAAAUAAAUAAAAUACUGCAAAAUCUCACUGGGCAUUAAAGGGACAUAAUACUCAUAUGCUAAAUCACUUGAAACUGAUGCAGUAUAACUGUAAAAAGCUGACAGGAAAAUAUUACCUGAGCAUCUCUAUGUAAAAAAGGAAGAUAUUUUACCUCACAAUUUCCUCAGCUCAGCAGAGUAAGUUCUGUGUAAAAAGUUAUACUGAGCUGCUCCCAGCUGCAGGUAAAAAAAGAAAAAGAAAUGAACAGCAGCCAAUCAGCAUCAGCAGUGCUGAGGUCAUGAACUAUUACUGUGAUCUCAUGAGAUUUGACUUAACUCUCAUGAGAUUUCAUAGUAAGCUUCCUUUACCUGAUUGGUGAAAUAAUAUGAGAGUGCACGAUGCUAGUCCCUUCAGAUGUCCCAGGACAAACACACUAAAAUGCUGCUUAGAAAUCCUUUACAAUGGGAGGUGGCUACUGAGGAACUUUUGAGGUAAAAUAUCUUUCUUUUUUACAUAGAGAAGUUCAGGGGAUAUUUUCUAGUCGGCUUUUUACAGCUAUGCUGCAUCACUUUCAAGUGUUUAAACAUUUGGGUAUUAUGGCCCUUUAACCAUAUUUGCAGAGGGCAAACUCCUUUUGAAGGUCAUGUAAAUCCCUAUGAUUGGUGUCUUUAAAGAUUUGUGGUAAUUGUAGGCUAAUUAUUGUUCAUUUUGUUUUUCAUAACUGUCUACCAAAUCAUAUACAAAAUCAUUCCGUCUUAACUGCCUUAUUAUAUGUUUGUUUUUUUGUUUGUUUUUAACUUUUAUUUGUGAAUUGUACAAAAAAUUUGGUCUGUUUUCUAAUAUGAAUACAGUUGUGUGAGUGUCAUGUCCUAUGGGUGAUAAAAUGGUAAAUAGUCUAAAUAAACGAGCCUCUUUUGUGA